UCAUUAUACCAUUAGGGGAGGUAGAUGCGCUACGCAGCGUCUCUUGGGAGGGUUUUUGGCUUGUUGUCUGAAAGCCCAUGUGCAUUUAUUUUUGCGUACUUUUCAAUUUUAGGUGUUUACUUUUUUCUCCCUAAAAAGUAUUGGUAUUUUUAACUCCAUUAGAUAACCAUAUAUUUUGGUUUUAACAAACAACAUGUACAGGCUUUUCUCAUGAUACCAAAAAAAAAAGGACCGAAGAGCUCUCUCCUCUCUCCUCCAACUUGUUUGGUCGACGAUCUGGCUUCACUUGCGACUGCCGGAGGACCAAUCGCCCGAUUGGUAAGCCUUGCUUUGGAGGUGGCGCUUACUAACCAGGGCUUGCAAGAUUUACGUUGGUUCGAGGGCCAUGAUCAAAGGCCUAAUCAAAGGGCUGCGCAAUGUGAUGUAUCCCAUGGGCAAAGGAAUAUGGGGGCUCAAGCCUCAAGAAUGCGUGCCAGCAAGUGGGCGGCAAAAUUCGAUAGGGACCAUAGCCUCCUCAAACGGAGAAGAAGUCUAGUUAUGGAUCCAGUACAGACAGGCCAUAAAAGUAAACGAGCUUGGCACUGUAAAUUGCCAGGGUGGCGAUUCCGCUUCCCUUUUCCUGGUGAGAUAGAAGAAAUGGCGUGGGAGGUUCCUAUAUUUAAAUCGAGGAUCCAUGCUGAGGAAGAAUAUGUUAUUGAAGACCCUCAUCCGGAUGAACUCAGACCCCAUAAUGGGGCAAGGUCGAUCGGCCUGCAGACAUGGAGUUUCAAGCUCCCGUCGUCCUUAGAUACAGAGGGAGAUGAGGGAACAGAUCGGGUAUCGUAUGAUACACUGAGAAUGGCAACAACACCUGUCAUGCAGAAAGAAACGGAGGCAUCAGGAUUCAGAUCCCGAAAUGGGACGAAGCCUGGGGCAGUUCGAGAUGGUAGACGACUGAAGGGUGGGUCGACCGGCUCCCGUCCGGUGAGCUCCUUCUGGCCAGGCUUGUGCCAGCGACCGUUCCACCUCGGCAUACCUAAUUGGGGUGGGUCUCCCAACAACCUAAAGAAAAACCUAAUCUCUCAUCUGGGAAGCGCUAAUCCUAACAGGCAGCGUAUCGCGAAAAGUGGGGGGGAUAGCUAAUCAAUUAUUUUUUAAAAAUCGGAAUCAUACAUUCCUAACCCAACUAGGCCUGUCUCGGCCGUUAGCACCCCAACCAAAGUAGUGCUAUUUAAGACGCUUGCCCGGCCCUUUGGUCCCCAAUCGUUCUCAGCAGACUGAGGAACAAGCGGGCGAGCAACGCAAGAAAGCACAGUGUGAGGC